GUUCAAUUUAGCUAUAAAGAUCUACAAAUUUAAAAAUUGUGUUACAUUUAGAAUUUGUGUUCAAUUUCGAAUUUAGUAAUUUAUAACUACUUAUUUUAGGAAUUUCCAAUGGACCAAAACAUUCCGCGCCCAGGGCCUGUUAACUUGUGCAACGGUGCCAAGUGGGAAACCAAACAAGUUGGCGGUUGUAUGCACUUGUUACAGAUUUGGGCUUGGUCGAGGAUUUCGAUGGUCCGACCCUCAGUACUUCAGGUCAUUCAACAUGACCAUCUUCCAUAUGGGUGCAGGUGGAUCGUCCCCAAGUCAUAUAAGGGAUCCCCAAGACACUGCAUAUGCCUGUACCGGGAUGACCUCGACCGCAUGAGUGAGAGUCAGUUUGAUUUCACUCCCUACGCGUCCGAGGAACUCCCACCUAUCAUCCUUCAUGACGCUCCGCUUUGGUCGGCUAGGGUCAUGCUCAUAUUUUGCAAUAUGGCCGAAAUGCAUUACCCCGAUCGAUUUCUUCGGCAAUUCCAUAUAAGGCAAGAUACUCCGGAUGCUCCUUUGGCGGGUACUGAUCAUCACGACAAUCGUUCCAACAUAGUAACCGGUGUCUUGGCGUUGUGGGCGGACAUACAACAUAAUAUAUACUUUCUUGAUUAUGAUCGACAUAUGUCUGUCGAAGCAACUAAGAGCUACCGAAAAUGGUACCAGAAGCAUGGUACGACAUGUGUCCAGAACCCUUCUCACAAUGUGCCCACGACAGGCUACAUCCCGACAUCACACGAUUGGGGUAUUGUGGUAAGUUUUUGAAUACAUACUAUAUUCAUUAACAUAUAUCAUGUCAUAUUAUUUACACGUGUUACAUUUUUAUGCAGAAGCAAGGCUUUUACGAGCUGAAUCAGCUCUUAGCCGACCGCGCGAGUCAUGAGGACUGUCAAAAACGACUACAGCGGAUGGCCCUGGACGUAGGUGAUGAAGAGAUGCUCCGUCGGGGCAUAUUCCAUUAUGAAGAUGAAGAUGAAGGUGGAAGUGACGAAGAGGAUGAUGCAGAUGAACAUGAAGGUGGGGGUGAGCACUCACAAUCGCCUCCUCAAUUCUCAACACGUCAGGGUAUCUCAUUUGAUCAACCACCCCCUCAAUUCUCAACACAUCAAGCUGUCUCAUUUGAUGAACCACCGCCGUAUUAUGAUUCUUAUCAGUACUCAACACAAGCGGGUGAUUAUGUUGAUUCAUUUUUGGAUUCGUCAUUUUACUAUGGAGACACAACGAGGCCUAGGAACACUCGCGGUGGGGACGGAGCAGGGCCGAGCACGCAACGUUAGAUGUAGUAUUAAAUUUAAUAUUGUAUGUACUGUCUAUUCAUUAAUAAAUUACAUUGAAAACUACAUUUGUUUUGUUCACUUCCAUUAAAGUUAC